GGUUGAGCCAUUCCGUUUUUGGACUUUGAAACCGAAGCCAGACAAAACAAGAAAGAUCAUAAACGAGUAAGAAACUUGGCCCAUUUGGCAGUCGGUGCUCACUGGUGGUUUGGUAAAUAUAUCCCAUCAGUAGGCCACUGUAUUUGCGAAAUCAUGGCCAGCCGUGCUCUUAAAUACUACUACGAUCUGCUAUCGCAGCCAUCCCGCGCCCUGUACAUCCUGUUGGAACAGACGAAGAUUCCGUUCGAAAAGUGUCCGGUAGCGUUGAGGAAAUUUGAAAACCGUUCGUCAGAAUUCGUCCAGAACGUAAACCGCUUUGGGAAGCUGCCCUGCAUAAUCCAUGGCGAUUUCAAGCUGGCGGAGAGUAUUGCAAUCUUUCGAUAUCUGUCGCGGGAGUUUCAGCUUGAAGAUCGAUGGUAUCCGAAAGAGGGCGCGGAUCGUGCCCGGGUAGAUGAGUAUCUAGAGUGGCAACAUGCCAACAUCCGGGCCCAGUGUGCGCAGUUCUUCAUCUACAGCUGGAUCACUCCGCUGCUGGGGAUGGAAGUCAAUCAGGCGAAGGUUGAUAGGCUGCGAGCGAACAUGAUCGAGUGUUUGGACGUUUUUGAACGGGAGUGGCUAGAUGAGGGCCGGAAGCCGUUCGUGGCUGGGAAGGAACUGAGCUUUGCCGAUGUGGUGGCGGCUUGCGAGAUUGAGCAACCGAAGCUGGCUGGGUUCGAUCCCAGAGUGGGGCGACCGCAUUUGGCGGCUUGGAUGGAACGGGUCAGGGUGGCCACCAAUCCGCAUUACGAUGAGGCGCACAAGAUUUUGUAUAAGUUCACACCGAAGGAGAUCGAAACUCCGAAGGUGUAAUAGAUUGAUUGACUGGGUAAUAAAUUUGAAAAAAGCGACA